AUGGAUCCGCUGCGGUCGCUUGAGAGCCACUUGGCGGCCAUCGACCUCCUCGAGGCCCAAGACGGCGCGGCCGACGUCGUUGCGAUUCCUUCGUACGGUAUGCGCCGUAGCAUCUCGCUGCUCAUCCCCGACAGGCCGCUCAAGUCUCUUGGGCUACAAGCCGCGCGCUUCUGGGACGAGACGUCUGGCAGCAAGGAAGAUGCUCUCUUGUGGCCGUCAACGCCGAUCGUGACGCGGGACGACCGCACUGACAGCCUUGUUGGCGCGCAGGUGCAGCCACUGCAAGCCAUGGCGAGUGACUCGGACGAAGCCAAGGCGUUCAGUGGGCUUCUCACCUCGACGUCGGCGACAUUGGGCGCCGAGUCUGCCCGCCUCUUUGCUCGACUGCAGCAACGACUCUUGGAGCAGCACGCCGCCGAGGUCGUGCGGCUCAACGCGACGCACCGCCACGAGCUCGAUGCGCAGAGACGAUCGGUACACGCCGUCUCGUCCAAGCAGCAGCGCCUGCAGACCAUCGCCGCGCGGCAAGAGGCCAUUCUCUUGCGCGUCGCGGACGCACUGCAACGACGCACUCUCGACACGCGUCGGCGGUGGUCGAGCGCAUACUCGGCCGGUCGGUGUCUCCAUGCAUGGACGCAGUACAUGCUGGCGCGUCGGCAAAAGCGCCAGCACCUGCGCCGCGCCCUAUCGCUUUACAUUUCGCGACUGCCCCGCCGUCCGUUCCAGCACUGGCGCUCGUACAUCCGCGCCCAGGCACAAAGCCGGUCAGCUCAAACGCAAAGCAGUGCGCACGCACAAGAAAUCUACGCGCUGCAAGAUGCCCACACAGCCGAGCUUCACGAGCUGCGCGACCAGCUGCACCGGGCGCAGAUUGACAUGGAUGCAUAUGCGCUCGAGAAGACCCGCCUCGAGGAAGACGUGCGGCGAGUCUUCUUGAGGGGCGUCUCGGCCAUGAAUUUGGAAGCGCUGAGUUUGUUUCGGUCGCGGCCACGCGAUGAGAUGGCGCUCGAUGCCGACGACAGCGAGCCCCGCCCGUCGCACGCGAUACCAACGCCGCUGUACAGCACUCGCUCGUAG